GUUAGGAGAUGACACCGGACCUGGAAGGAUCGGGUCAAGCUGCGGGAGGAGGCAGUUCCUGCGCGGAGAACCGAACCGGCCCACGUGGGUCAGGCCGCCCCGCCCAGUCACGCAGACGCCGCUGGACUGUGCAGUCCGGGGCCGUGCUGGGCGAGCGGUGCGGGAACUACGCAGCCACGCCAGGACGCGUGCACGCGCAGGGAGGACCCCCCACCCCCCUCCACCCUGCAGCUACCAGGCCCCGGAGGAACCGUAGCCAGGUUUGCGGGAGCCGGCGCCUCUAGGCUACCAGAUGUUCGCGGCCAUCCAACCAGGGCUAGCAGAGGGGGCCCAGUUCCUGGGGGGCCUGCCUCCUGGAGUCUGUCAACCCGAGCUCCAACCAGACAAUAAUUCCAACUUUGUGGAGAGCGCUAAGGAUGCCAAUAAGAAUUGGCAUGGUGUGCCAGGCAAAGUGGAACCCACCCUGGUGAGGAGUUCCUCUGAGUCACCCUCUGACAACCAGGUCUUCCAAGCCACUGGGUUCCUGGAGGCGGGAGUCUGCAGUCCCCCGGAGGGUGCAGAGAUCCCUGGGGCUGAGCCUGAGAAGCUGAGUGCUGCCAGCAGUGUCUGCUCUCCUCUGGAGGACAUCGGCUAUGCCAGCAGUUCCUUGAGCACCGACAGCCUUAGCAGCAGUCCAGAGCCUGUCUGUGGGACUCCUCAAGGCCCAAGCCCUCUGGAUCCCCUUCUGCCCUCCGUGGCCCAGGCUCUGCAGCAGCUGCAGGCUCAGGAGCGCUACAAAGAGCAGGAGAAGGAGAAACACCACGUGCACUUGGUGAUGUACCGGCGCUUGGCACUGCUCCAGUGGAUCCGGGCUCUCCAGCACCAGUUGGUUGACCAGCAGGCCCGACUGCAAGAGAGCUUUGACACCAUCCUAGACAACCGAAAGGAACUUAUCCGCUGUCUCCAACAGAGGGAAGCACCUUGCCGGCACCAGGACCAUUGCUAAGGCCACGCACAAGUGUGUGUAUUUGCAGGUCUGUGUGUGGUUGUGCACAAGUAAAUACAUGAGUAGUAGUUGGUCUGAGCUCAAGUAAACAUAAGUGAGUCUGUAUGUGCUUACAUGUAGGCAGGUAUGUACAGGCAUGUGUGGAUGAAGUUGUAUGUAUUAUGUGUAGCAUGUGUGUUUAUGUAUGCAUGUGUGGCUAGGUGCCUAGGAAUGUGUAUCCCUGAAUAAGAUGUACAUGCAAAAGACUUGUAUGCAUAUGUAUCAGUUAAAUGUACAGGCUUAUGUUGGGUGUGCUGAAACUUACAUGUGCCAGUGCUGGCAUAAGAAGCGUGUGUUAGGAACAUGUAUAUUUGCAGAGAGACUUAGGAGCAGGUGCGUGCAAAUAUAUGUUCAGUUGCACCUGCAAGGCACCCACCCAUCCCCUGUGUUCCCAGAGUCUACGCCAGCCUUGUACUCUACCGAGUCUCAGCUUCCUGGAGAAAGAAGCCUGUCUUGCUGGCAUAUAUCGGAGGGUGGUGGUUGAUCCAUUCUCCUGGAGUUUCCCAGGCUGCCUCCUGCCCCUUCCCACAUCAUUUAACCAGACCUUGCUCUGUCUGCUAAGACCGCUGUCCCUAAUGUUGGCUUUUUGG